AUGCCUCGCAAACCAUCUCCCGUCUACGUGCUCGGCGUGGGCAUGACCAAGUUCAUCAAGCCCCGUGGCAAGGUCGACUACCAUGAGCUCGGGUUCGAGGCCGGUAUCAAGGCCAUGUUGGACGCCCAGAUCAACUACGACGAUGUCGACCAGGGCGUCGCUUGCUACUGCUACGGCGAUUCCACCUGCGGCCAGCGCGUCUUCUACCAGUUCGGCAUGACCCAGAUCCCCAUAUACAACGUCAACAACAACUGCUCGACGGGCUCGACCGGUCUGAACAUGGCCCGACAGGCCAUUGCCUACGGCGCCGCAGAUUGCGUGCUGGUCGUCGGCUUCGAGAAGAUGUCCCCCGGAAGUCUGCAGGCAUACUUCAACGACCGCGAGAACCCCACCUCGACCACCAACGCCAUGAUGAAGGCCACGCGAGGCGUCACCAAUGCCCCUGGUGCCGCUCAGCUCUUUGGCAACGCCGGUCGCGAGUAUAUGGAGAAGUAUGGUGCGAAGGCUGAAGACUUUGCCGAGAUUGCCCGCGUCAACCAUGAGCACAGCAAGAGGAACCCAUACUCGCAAUUCAAGGACGAAUACACCCUGGAGCAGAUUCUGAAGUCCCCCAUGAUCCACCCGCCCUUGACCAAGCUCCAGUGCUGCCCGACCUCGGACGGUGGCGCCGCCGUGGUGGUCGUUUCGCAAGAUUUCCUCGACAAGCGACCGCACCUCAAGCCCCAAGCUGUCUUGAUCGCCGGCCAAUCGCUCGCCACCGACUCGCCAGACCUCUUCAACCGCUCCAGCAUCGACCUCGUCGGCUACCAAAUGUCCGUCUACGCCGGCAAACGCGCCAUGGACGAGGCCGGCAUCACCCCCAACGAUGUCCAAGUCGUCGAGGUCCACGACUGCUUCAGCGCGAACGAGAUGUGCGUGAUCGACGCUUUGGGGUUGUGCCCCAAGGGUAAGGCCCACGAGCUCGUGAGGAACGGCGACAUCACCUACGGAGGCAAAUAUGUCAUCAACCCUUCGGGCGGUCUCAUUUCCAAGGGUCACCCACUCGGAGCCACCGGUCUAGCCCAAUGCGCCGAGCUGACGUGGCACCUGCGCGGCUGGGCCAACAACCGCCUGGUCAAGGACACCAAGUACUGCCUGCAGCACAACCUGGGGCUGGGCGGCGCCGUGGUGGUGACGGUGUACAAGCGCGCCGACGGCCAGGUCGCCACGCCUGUGUCCGACGCCGAGGUCGCCCGCCUCACCGGCCUAGGCUACAACCCGGCCACCGAGGCCAAGGGCUUCACCGCCGAGCAGGUGCGCCGUACCGUCAGCCAGAAGCAGUUUUCCGACUGGGCCGUCCAGGACGUCCAGAGUAAAGUCCAGGCGCGGUUUUAA